CAAGGAAUACGCCUUGCCAUCUGUAAUCCAAUCAAGUUGCACGCGGCAUGGGUGACUCAGGUAAGUGUGGCAGAUUUCUUGAGCUGGCCGCUGCUCCUUGAUAAAUGACGGCAUUGCCGCAGCGGCACUUGCAGUGCCGCCCAUUUGGGUUGCGGGCAACGCAACCGCGACUAUUCAAUUUCAUACGUUGACGUUUGAGGCGGCAGUUCCGUGGCAGUUGCAGCUAAAAAGUUGCAACAGCGCGAUAACCAAGACACGCAUAUGUGUGCUGCUCCUCCUCCUCCUCUUCCACCUGUCGAGUUUAAAGAUAGUAACGCGGCAGGAUUAACCUUUUGCGAUACGGUAAGGUGUUGUGAAAGCACUUCUGACAGCAUAGCUGCCGGAUUAGCAGGCGCCAGUUGCAUUAGAAGAGUCUUAGAAGUUAGCAGCACUAGCGCCAUAACGGAGAUUGGCCAAAAUGCUGGGCAUCGCCUGUGAUCCGUUGCAGCAUACGAGCAUGUAUGAGCGCGGCUCAGAUGGUAUUUGGUUUAGAUCUUCGCCCACAGCUUAACUAUGCUCAUCUACUCAACUGCCUCGUUUGUAAUCCUUUAAACACUGUCAUUCCAGAUAGCGAGGACAGCGAUGGCGAGGGUGGCUUGGGAAAUGUCUCGCGCGUGAUUAUACGUCCGCCCGGGCAGAGCGGCAAGGCUAAGCGCGGACAUUUGUGCUUCGAUGCGGCCUUUGAGACUGGAAAUCUGGGCAAGGCGGAGCUGGUGGGCGAGUUCGAGUACGAUUUGUUCCUGCGUCCAGACACUUGCAAUCCGCGCUAUCGCUUUUGGUUUAAUUUUACCGUCGAUAAUGUGAAACAGGACCAGCGAGUGCUGUUCAACAUUGUGAACAUCAGCAAGAGCCGCAAUCUGUUUAACUGCGGCCUGACGCCGCUUGUGAAGUCCUCCAGCCGGCCCAAAUGGCAGCGUUUGCCCAAGCGUCAGGUGUUCUUCUAUCGCUCGGCCAUACACCAAGGCCACUAUGUGCUCAGUUUUGGCUUUAACUUUGACAAGGAGGAAGAUGUGUAUAUGUUCGCCCUGGCCCUGCCCUACAGCUACUCCCGCUUGCAGUCCUAUUUGAAUGUGAUCGAGGCACGCCAGGGGCCCGAAAAGCGUUUCACGCGCUCCGUCCUGGUCAAAUCUCUGCAAAAUCGCAAUGUGGAUCUGCUGACAGUUGAUCAGGUGACGCACAGCCAGCGUCCGACGAAUCGCCUGGAGCGUAGCUUCAUACGCGUUAUUGUCAUACUCUGUAGGACGCACUCGAGCGAGGCGCCUGCAUCUCAUGUUUGCCAGGGCUUCAUUGAAUUUCUGGUGGGCAAUCAUCCCAUUGCGCAAGUGCUGCGCGAGCAUUUCGUAUUUAAAAUUGUGCCAAUGGUCAAUCCGGAUGGUGUGUUCCUGGGCAACAAUCGCUGCAAUCUGAUAGGCCAGGAUAUGAAUCGCAAUUGGCAUGUGGCGUCCGAGUAUACGCAGCCGGAGUUGCAUGCCAUAAGGAAUAUGCUAAAAGAGUUGGAUAAUUCGGAUACAUAUCAGAUUGACUUUGUGAUCGAUCUGCACGCGAACAGCAGCAUGCACGGCUGCUUCAUCUAUGGCAACACAUACGAGGAUGUCUACCGCUAUGAGCGGCAUCUGGUGUUCCCACGGCUCUUUGCCAGCAAUGCCAAGGAUUAUAUCGCCGAGCAUACCAUGUUCAAUGCGGACGAGCGCAAGGCGGGCAGCGUUAGGCGCUACUGCUGCGAGCGUCUCAGCGACACGGUGAAUGCGUACACCCUGGAGGUGUCCAUGGCGGGUCACUAUCUGCGCGACGGCAAAACCAUUGCGCUCUACAACGAAGAUGGAUAUCAUCGCGUUGGACGCAAUGUGGCACGCACUCUGCUGCAAUACUAUCGCUUCAUCAAUGUGCUGGCCAUGCCGCUGGUGUCGGAGAUGCGUCUGCAGGGCAAGCGACGCGGCAGACCGCGAACGCAUCAUUCGCGCUCCCGCUCCAGAACACGCUACGAGGUGAAGCCGAGGCCAAAGACGACACGCUGUCAUGCGCCCAUUGCGUACACCAAUCUGAGCAUUUGCUAUGAUUCAGCCGGCGGCGGUGGCGGCAUCUCCUCCGACGAGGGCGGCUUCUCACCAACGCGACCCAUACCCAUUGCGCCCGGCAGCAGCUGCUUCAGCGGCUAUCGCAAUUAUCGGCGCGCUGUAACCGCCAGCUGUGCCCACCACGAUCAGUAUUCCCUUGGCUUGAGCGAGCCGGCCGCGUGCAGUCGCCACAAGCGAGCCGCCGCCGCUGCCGCCGGCCCUCUCUCUAUAGAGCUGGCCGCGCCCUCGUUGGGCGUCAGUGUGCCGCCCAAGCCGUACCUGUCCAUUAUCGAUCUGAAUCAGCUGACCCGCGGCAGCCUAAAACUGAAGGCGAGCAGCUUUGAUGCCGACGAUCGGCGCUAGGUUGAAGUUUAACUGUGACUCUAAUUGAUUUUAUAUGCUUAACGCUUUUUCCAGCUGUGUUUCCCUAAAUAAACAAUUAUGUCUAUAUCUAAUCGACAGCUUUUGUUUCGCUCACGCGGCCGCAACAAGUUGGCGUUCACAUUGAGUGAAUGCUCUGGCUUAUCACAGGUACAGGUGGGCACAGUGAAAACUGCCUUAGGUGGACAUUUGCAGAACAAUAUAAUGUCGAAGCAAUAACAGGAAUAUAUGCAUGCAUUUAUAAUUUUUAAAUGAUUAAUAAAAAGGCAAGUUUUAAAGCAUAUCUAUUGAGGUCCCAAAAAGUGCCAAUUUUGGUUCGAUUAAUUAUCCUUUUUGCGGCGAAAUGCAAUGUCCGCUUAAGGCAGCUUUUACUGUACACAAAUAUGUUUGUGCUUGCUGUGUUGUAUGGCAAUUGCGGUCUAUUGUUGCGCAUCCGCUUUGUUGGCCUGAUGCCAGCCAGUGGCAGAGCUCCGCCUGCCCCGCGCGCGCACAAUCAACAGCAACAGCAACAGCAACAGCUCAUGAGCCCAUGCGCCAAAUUGGCGUCUCCAAGUGUAAUGCGAGUCUAUUGCGGCAAAUAUUUACAAAUCGCAGUUAACUGACACACACAAAGGCAACAAACCGCACACACACACACAGAGCAUAUGUGUAGAUAUAAUGAGUUUCUUUUUAAUGGCGCCUCAUUUUGAAGUGUCGCAAUCUCUUGACAUUUCAACUCAAACGAAAUGCACGUGAGUGCGAGUGUGCGUGGGCUGUGUGUGGCAUGUAAUUAAGCACACUGUUAAUUCCAGCUGGGUGCCGUUUAUCUUAUCGCACUGCAUUAGGUACACGCUAUUAUUUAGACGGGUGUAC